UCGAUAGAAGUUCGAGGCCGAUCAGAUGGAGAGGGUUGCCAGGUAUGCAGUGGAGCGCGGACUCGAUGUGCCCGGCAUGGGUGGUGCAAGGGGAGGAGAGGCGGGGCGGCAUCCGGUGGAGGGAGGGGUCGGGGGAGAUGGUGGGCAUGGUGCUGCAGACCCCACUUUGGGUGGUGGAGGCGGUGAGACGGAGGAGGGCGUGAUCCACGCCGAUCGCGAGGCGCGUGGCCCGGGCGAAGAGGGAGUCCCGGAACGGGAGGAAGUGCCAGAGUUUUAUCCAGGCACUGGGGAGAGGUUGGAGGACUGGCGGAGGCGAGCAGGCAAGGGAGCUGCAACGGAGGGGUCUUCCAAAAGGAAGGAAGGAGGAAGUGAUCCGGCUGCCACCCCAGCAGGGAAGAGGCUUCGCCAGCAGAAGGUGACUGAUGUCUACGGUGGCGAGUGGGUUGCUCGCCACAAGAAGGCAUUCCUUCGCUGGCUGUAUUCCAGCGGGGUCUCCUUCAAUGCCUUCCGCAACCAGGCUUGGAAGGCAUAUCAACAGGUGCUUCCUGAGCAGCCUGGCAGUUCCCCGCGCGCAGUGCUCACCAACCACUACGAGAUUGCGAGUAUGCGGGCGGUGGAGACCCACCGUGCGGAGUUGGCGGAGGAGUUGGAGGAGGUGAGGCAGCCAUUCUGGGUGACUGGUGCCACCCUCCUCUCCGAUGGGAGGAAAUCACGAGACGGGAGACCGAUCGUGAAUUUCCUUGUUGCUGGCUCUCGAGGGGUCGUUGUGUACACGACGAUCAAUCGAGAGGGCGAGGCGGACGAUUCAGUGCACGUCCUUCGGAGAUGGGUUACCAUCUUCCACGAAUGGGAUCCAUGGUGGCAGAGGGUGGCCACCAUCGUCCAUAUCAUGCAGCCUGUCAUGGAGUUGCUCAGGCGGAUGGAUCAUGGAGGACAGUACAUGUCCCUCAUGAUCGAGUGGACGCAAGAUCUUGUCCGUCGUGUCACGGAUGCAUGCGCCCCUUUGGGGAAGUCGUUCGCUGACCGGAUCAUCAGGCGUGUGCAGGCUCGCACACCGCACAUGCUUGAGCCGGCUCACUGCGCAGGGUUCUUACUGAACCCCUGCAAGCGACACGUUCGCUACUUUUCGGGGCAGGUAGAGCGGUACGAUGCUUGGCUUGUGGGGCAAGCCAAGAGGUACAUUCUGACGCAGACGGGAUUCGAGUUGGAGGGUGCGGAGUACAUCCUUGCAUGUCGGCAGUUUGAGGACUUCCACAUUCAGCAGGGCAGUUUCGGGGAUUGGGGCGGGCCGGAGGGGCGUGCUCGUGGGCGUGCGUGCAGUGGCGACAGCGAGAAGAUUGAGUGCGCGUCUUGGUGGUCUCAGUUCGGGUCGGGCGCGCUAGAGUUGCAGCGUUGCGCUCUUCGGGUGAUGCACAUGUGGUCUUGCGCCUCUCCAGCGGAGAGGAACUGGGCAGUCCACGAGGGCAUUCACACGAAGAAGUGCAACCAGUUGGCCUUCGAGAAGGUCUUAUGUGCUGCCAUGGCAGCGGGCAUGCUGGAUUGCCAGGCAGGACUCGAGUUGGAGCCUGUGCGCUCGGGGACUCGUAGGGGGAUGACGGAGGAGGAGAUUGCCCGUCAGGUUGCACUUAUUACCCGAGAUCCCAUCGGGGCGUCCGCACCACCCUCGGCUGAUGCCGUUUUCGAUAGACGUGCUUGCAUUUUUCGUCCCUACCCCAGGGAGGACGACUCAAACGAGGAGCCGAUACCUGAGGCGGCAGAUGAACCUGCGCUCCACAUUCCCCGGGAGAUCGACGAGACGCACGAGGAUCCCGACUCCGAGGAGACGAGGGCACACACUGCACAACGGGUGACGGACCGGGCGGAGAGGGAGAUGCUGGGGGGAGACGAGGACUUUUGGGGCCCAUUAGGUGAGGUCGCUUCCACGGGCGGCCCAGAGGCGCAGGCGACGACCCCCACUCCUACGAGGCGGGAUUCAUCCAUGCCGCCACCUCCUGCUCCGAGUCCUGCACCACCAUCGCCCGUCUCGCCACUUCAGCCGGCCACGGCAACGGCGGACAGGGAGGAGUUGGGGUCCUCUUUGCCUCAGCGCGACCUUCUCCACAGAGGCGGGGCAGUCCGGCAGCUUAGGUUACGAUCACCUUCCCUGGGGAUAUUGCAGGAGGAGGGGGCACCUUCGGCAGCAGCAGUGGAGAGUUCGGUGGCACCAGCAGCGGUGCCGGACGCGACGAUCGCAGCCGCGGUGGAGGAGAUAGCAGCAGCAGCAGCAACAUUAGUGCUGGAGGAGAUGGCAGCACCAGUGCUGGAGGAGGAUCCACCAGCGGCAGGAGGAGGUGCAGCAGUGGAGGGGCAGGUGGCAGCAGCAGGAGGAGCAGGUGGAGGAGCAGCUGCAGUGGAGGUUGAGGUGGCAGCAGCAGUGGAGGAGGAGGAGGCACCGUCGGCAGCUGCAGUGGAGGAGGAGAUAGCCGCACAGGCCGAGGUGCAGCGUGGGGGCGAUGACGAGCGCCUCAUGCAGCAGUUCCUCACGGAGGAGCUCGAUCCGGUCAUAGCGGGUAUGACCCCGGGUGUGGCGAGGGGGUUUAGGAUUUCAGAUUCGGAGAUGGGGACCCAUAUAGACUUAGAUUUGUCGAUGGGCCUUCCACCUAGUUGCGGCGGGGCGACAUCGACGGACUGGGCUCCAUCGAGGGACGAGGCGCCAAGACAGACUUCGACGCAGACCGCGAGAGAGAGGACGACGACUGAGUCUCCAGAUGCAGCACGCGACAUCAUGGAGCGAGAGAGGGCUAGACUUUUGGCAUCGACUGACCCGCGUGCUCAGGCGUUCGCACGGCCCGUAGAGGAGGCCAGGCGUCGAGAGAGAGGGGGGGAUUGUAUGCAGGGUGGGGUGGUGGCGGGGGAGGACGUUGCGGAGGGAGUGGCAGCAGAGCCGGUACCCGAGGCUAUGCCGGGUGGAGCAGACGCAGCGGAUGUUGCUGUGGAGGGACGGCCUCAGGCGGUGGAUGAGGCCGUGCAGGCAGGACAGCGGCGAGUCGAGGGGGCUAUAGACGCACAGCGCGAGGUCCAGACAACGACGGGUCCAGUCGUUCCGUUCUCGGGCCUGCACUUGGCUCAGGCCCGACAUCCGCAGGCGGUUCAGAUGGCAGUGCAUGGUGUGCCACCGCCCGUUAUCACGGAUUUGGGGUCCGAGCCGGUGGUUGUGCCCCCACGUCUUCCUAGCCACUUUGCUCCGCAGGAGGUCCGUCGUCCUUUGGAUGCAGAGGAGUUGGUGAGAGAGGCUGUGCGCGAUGUUACUCGCUUGGACCGGCGGAUCUUCGACCGGAGGCUCUAGCAUCCACCAUGGCAGACGAUC